AACCGGUAUGCAAAACCCAGACAACUGCUAAGCCCGAUGGCCUUUUGUUUCGUUUCCGUCGUUCAAGUCAACUCGAAUACAAGAAAUUUCGCGUUCAUGGCCGCUAAACCAGACAAGUAAAGCUAUAAAUCCUCUGCUGAUUAAAAAAUAAACAUUUUUGAAUUCGAGCGAACCGCGAAGGGAAAAAGAAAAUGGAAGACGACGCAGAUAUUUACGACGGAAUUAGAGCUCAAUUCCCUCUCACUUUUGGUAAGCAACAAAAAUCCCAAACCUCUCUCGAAGCCAUCCACAACGCCACUCGCCGUUCCACCACUGCUGCCGCCGCCAGUAAUAAUAAUAAAAGCAGUGAAGGCCUCCCUUCUCUUUCCUCCUCCUCCUCCAAAGCUUGGCUUGAUUCCCUCCGCAAUUCCAAACCUCCCAACCCUAACCCUAAUGACUCCGUGAUUGGCCCGCCCCGUCCGCCUCCUGGUCCAGUCCCUGAUGAGGAUGAUGAUGGCGUCAUGGUGGGCCCUCCUCCACCGCCUCCAGCUUCAGGUGAUGAUGACGAUGAUGACGUCAUGAUUGGGCCACCACGGCCGCCGGUUGGGCCCAGUUCAGACUCAGAAUCGGAGGAGGAGGAGGAGAACCGGUAUCGGAUUCCAAUGAGCAAUGAGAUUAUUCUCAAGGGACAUACUAAGAUUGUUUCAGCUCUUGCAAUUGAUCACUCUGGAUCUAGGGUUCUUUCGGGUAGUUAUGACUAUACCGUUCGAAUGUUUGACUUUCAAGGGAUGAAUUCUCGGUUACAAUCAUUUAGACAGCUUGAACCAUUUGAAGGCCACCAAGUUCGUAAUCUAAGCUGGAGUCCCACCUCCGACCGCUUUUUGUGUGUCACUGGCUCUGCUCAAGCAAAGAUAUAUGACCGAGAUGGGCUUACUUUAGGUGAAUUUGUAAAAGGGGAUAUGUAUAUUCGGGAUUUGAAGAAUACUAAGGGACAUAUAUCGGGGUUGACUUGUGGAGAGUGGCAUCCCAAAACCAAGGAGACAAUUUUGACAUCAUCUGAAGAUGGUUCGCUUCGUAUAUGGGAUGUUAAUGACUUCAAAAGUCAAAAGCAGGUUAUUAAACCAAAACUUGCAAGGCCUGGAAGAAUUCCGGUUACAGCAUGUGCAUGGGAUCGUGAAGGGAAAUGCAUUGCAGGUGGAAUUGGGGAUGGCUCUAUACAGAUAUGGAACCUUAAGCCUGGAUGGGGAAGCAGACCUGAUAUAUACAUUGAAAAAAGUCAUUCUGAUGAUAUUACUGGGCUUAAGUUUUCUAGUGAUGGAAGAAUUUUGCUGUCCAGAAGCUUUGAUGGUUCACUCAAGGUUUGGGAUUUACGCCAAAUUAAAGCCCCUCUUAAGGUGUUUGAUGAUCUUCCAAAUCACUACGCCCAAACAAAUAUUGCAUUUAGUCCUGACGAGCAGCUCUUUCUUACUGGAACAUCUGUUGAGAAGGAAAGUACAACUGGAGGUUUGCUGUGCUUUUAUGAUUGUUCAAAAUUUGAACUUGUUCAAAGAGUUGGGGUAUCCCCGACUUGUAGUGUUGUGCAGUGUGCUUGGCACCCAAGAUUAAAUCAGAUAUUUGCAACUGCUGGAGACAAAAGCCAAGGUGGGACUCAUGUACUGUAUGAUCCAACCCUUAGUGAGAGGGGAGCUCUUGUUUGUGUUGCACGUGCUCCUAGGAAGAAAUCUGUUGAUGAUUUUGAGGCACUGCCUGUGAUUCACAACCCUCAUGCGCUACCAUUAUUCAGAGACCAACCAAGCCGUAAGCGUCAAAGGGAAAAGAUACUGAAGGAUCCUCUCAAGUCACAUAAGCCUGAACUUCCCAUAACAGGACCAGGAUAUGGUGGAAGAGUUGGUACAACCAAGGGAAGCCUGUUGACUCAGUACCUUCUAAAGCAAGGGGGAAUGAUCAAGGAAACAUGGAUGGAAGAAGAUCCUAGAGAAGCUAUACUUAAGUACGCUGAUGUUGCGGCAAAAGAUCCCAAGUUCAUUGCUCCAGCAUAUGCUGAAACCCAGCCCGAAUCUAUUUUUGCAAAGUCAGAUUCUGAGGAUGAAGAGAAAUGAUCUGAUUUUGGUGUUGUUUCAUUCUGCUUAAUAAAGGAUCUAUUUUAGUAUUUUUCCUUUUGUAAAUGAUGAUUAUCGAAUGAUUGAUGGUUACACACACACAUCAGUUUACUAACUGUCAACGUUCUGACUUUUGCUCUUCUUUGGCAGCUGGUCUGUAUAAUCUCUAAGUCACUGAGGUCUAAUACGGGCUACUGCAGAAAUCAUUGAACUGAACUGGUUAUCAUAGGGUGUAAUCAAGCCGAUACAGUGAGAAGUUGGAGUUUGGGUUCGACUCACAAUUCGAGGCUCGAUAUUCGAUUCGAAUUUGAUUAAGUUUUAUUUUUC